CUUUGAGUUUUCAGUUGGUAGUGAGACUUCAGUUGGCGUAGACGUGUGGAAGUUGAUACUAGUUUUGUAGAUGCUUAACGAUCGUAUUCCCAGCUUGGAUAAGUAAUUACUAAUAGACAACGGGGUUGCAUAUAUAGUAUGCUCAUACGUUCUAGUGAAGGUGCUGUCUGUAAACAAAGUUCAUAGAAAAAAUAACUAGUGGAAAUAUUCGAGCCAAACGCAAAUUACCAGUUAAGCAAUUAACGCUUUUUUUUAUUAUUAUCAAAGAAGCAAAUAACUAUAAAAAAAUCCCUGGAACGCAAUAAUUCUGAAUAAUCGCAACAGGAAAUUGGAAUGUAUAUAACGAAGUUAGAUUGUGGAUUUUAUUGAAUCAAAAGCUGUAGAAACAGUGAAGGAAGUUUUAGUGUUAUUUGCUAUUAAUCAUUGGCAAUUAUUUGCAUCCUUCCACUUGGAAACAACUGUUAAUAUUGUUCUUGACACAAAAGCGAUGAAUCGUCAACUAUCUGAAUUGAGUGCCAGUGAAUUGAAUGAAGCUAUCGACGAUACUAAUUUCCCACAAUCACAUGCCAUGUCCCGACAAAGGAAUAGUAGUGUUUGCAGUACGAGUAGUAAUUCAGCAGUAAUGGGCCUUUCAGAUAGCGUAAGGAGCUUGAGCAAUUUGGAGAAUGAGUUACAAGUCGAUGAAACCCAAACUUGUAAGGAUCAAAGUAACAAUAUUGAAAACGUCAAUGAUGCAAAUCCACGUAGUAAGCCAAUUGGGUUUAUGCGACGGGAGCACCCGACAACUUUAUUAAAGAUGAAUGGAAGCGUAGAAGGAAAAUUUGAUGUUCCUGGAACACCGAAAACGCCGAGGACGUCCACAACGCCAGGACAUGAGAACUGCACAUUUCACCAUGAUCUUGAAUUAGAUCAUAAGCCACCAACGCGGGAAGCUCUAUUACCGGAAAUGGCGCGAUCUUAUCGAUUGCUUCUUGGAAGUCUUGGAGAAGAUCCAGACAGACAAGGACUUCUUAAGACACCCGAGCGUGCUGCUAAAGCUAUGUUAUUCUUCACUAAAGGCUAUGAUCAAAGCUUGGAGGAGGCUUUAAAUGGUGCCGUGUUUGACGAGGAUCACGAUGAAAUGGUCGUUGUUAAAGAUAUUGAAAUGUUCUCAAUGUGCGAGCAUCACUUGGUUCCAUUCUAUGGAAAAGUAUCUAUUGGGUAUCUUCCUUGUAAGAAAAUUCUUGGACUCAGCAAAUUAGCAAGGAUUGUUGAAAUAUUCUCACGCCGUUUGCAAGUGCAAGAGCGGCUCACAAAGCAGAUUGCAGUUGCUGUAACUCAAGCGGUUCAACCAGCUGGCGUGGCUGUUGUAAUUGAAGGAGUGCAUAUGUGCAUGGUUAUGCGAGGAGUUCAAAAAAUUAACAGCAAAACAGUGACAUCAACCAUGUUGGGUGUAUUUCGUGACGACCCUAAAACUAGGGAGGAGUUUUUGAAUUUAGUAACUAGCAAAUAAAUUUCAGAUAGAUUGACUCGGACAGUGGUUCUACGCUGAAGAUAUUAUUAUUGUGAAACAUAAAAUAAACCUAAAAUUAUCUCCUUGUCGUUGAAUACUCUUACUUAUACGGAAUUGCUAGCAGAAUUAAUGUACACGAUUGCGAAAAACAGGUUUAGAUGAGUAAAUCUUUAGAUAAAGAUGGAUUGAUAUGAUUAAAACCACCAAUUUUACAUAUACACAUAUGAACAGGGUCCAAUGUAAUGUAUACAACAAAAAUUAAUAUGCGAAUUAAUGUAUAGAGCGUAAGAUACAUAUAUUUCCGUGAUAUGCUUGUGUAUGUCGUGUAUUAUAAAUAUAUUUGGAAAUGUACGAAAUUUUCCCAAUAAUAAUAAACACUUACUUGCUGCCGUAAUUUUGAUAGCAUAGUAUAGUUUAGGAAUAGUGUAUUUUGACCAAGAUCAAUGCAUCAAAAUAUAUGUAUAUGUUUGCAGUAAAAAUAAGCUGAAAUGGUUUAGGGUGUAAAUUCAAACAAAAAAUAGACCACUUAAUAUUUACUGUAUAUUUGCCGUUAACGUAUUAAGCGAAAGAUUAAACUUAAUAAAUAGUAAGAUAUACAACAGAUUCAAUACAGAAACAAUAACAUUAGAAGAUACUCAAAAAAAUAACCUGACUUAACGACAUGUUGUGAUCGGCUUUUAGGGAAUUUUCAAGUAGAGGAAAUACGAGGAACUAAUAUUUAUUAUGUUAAAUGUAUUAUGUAUAUAACAACUAUUAUUGAGUCGAUAUAAACAUAUAUUUUUGAAUGAACACAGAAGAAGCAUAUAUGCAUUUUAAGCAUUACUCAUUAAUUGUUGAUUGUAAAAGCUAUUUAUAAAUUAUAAAAUAUUAUAUGCAUAAAAAUGUCACAAGAUGAGUCAACGUGUGAUAAGAGAGCGCAACAUUAUAACACAGAAACAUACAAGGUUAACUUUACUAAUAGCGGGAGCAAUGCUAUACUUUAACGUUAUUGUUGAUUUUCAUUAUGUGAUAAUAAAAAAAUUGAAGCAAA